AUGUUCAAUUAUUCAACAUCCUAUUUUGCGAAUUCAAAUGAAAAAAACAAUUAGUUGAAAGAGAAAAUCUAUAGUGCUCUUUAUUCAUCUCCUAACACAUCUUAGUAAAAUUUUGUUUUAUCCUAAUUAGUGAUGUUAUGAAGUGGAUUCCGAGCAAUGAUAUUUCAAAUCUCUCUGUGUCUAUUGAAUAAGAUAUUGAUAAAAUUUUAUAGGUAGUACCUCCUUUUUAAUUUUAAACUAAUAAACAGAUCUCCUUCUAAAAUUUGUAAACUUAACAAUGUGUUGAUCAUUAACUUCAAACAAUUUUAAAUUCAUCAUAAAAAAUCUAUUCAUAAAAUAAUUGUGAAGUUGAAGAAAAGCCAAUUGAAUAAUCUUAAAAGGAAAGUAAUUCAAAACUAAUUAGAAGAGAUCAAUAACCUCAAUCGAAGUAGAAUUAAUACAUUUAGGAUUUGAUAAUGAGAUAUCAAGAACCUCCUAAAAAUGCUUUUUAAGAAGAUUAAAAUAAUCCAUCUAGCAAUAUUGAGGAGGAGUAUGAUGUCAAUACUAAAUAGUCAGUCACGAAUCGAGAGUCUAGAGAAAAUGGGUGUUUUAUUAAUAAAGAUAAAUAUAAAAAUAAUGAACUUUCUAAGUUAACUGAACAAUAAACAUGUUUAAAUUAAAGCGUUGGUAAUUCUUUUAUUUUAGAUACAUUAAUAAAUGAAGAAACAAUCAAAUAAACUAUUUCAGUUGAAGUUGAGAGUUAAACUUUUAAUACAAAUUAAAAUUGGGCAAAAAUGAAGAUAAGAAAAGAAGCCAAAUAAAAUGAAAAUUACAAAACAUAAAAUUUUUAAGAUCUUUUGUAUUCAUUACCCUCUUUUUUUAUUCAUUAAACUGAGGGUGAAAUAAAAGUUGAUAAAUUAAGAGCUUAAGAAAAUUAGGAAGGAUAUUAUUAUCAAUCAUUUGAGCUUACUGUAAAUCCAUAUAAAUUGAUUGGACCAAUUAAUUUUAAAAAGCAUCUUAAAAUUGUAUUUUUACAUAAUAUCAUAAAUAGCAUGUAAGAUUUAAGAAGGGUUACUAUGGUGUAGUUUAUUAUGAUAGACUUUUGUAAAAUGUAAUUCCAUAAAAUUAAGUUGAUGGUAUAACUCUAAAAAAUGAACCAUUUUUAUUAGCAAACAAUUCUGAAAAACCCAUUAAAGUGAUUUGCUGCAUUGUUGGAAUUAAAAAAUGA